UCUUGUUCUUGUCCUUGUCCAUACCCAUAAUUGUUCAAACUUUUUCAUCUUUUUCUCUUCAUUUUCAGCUUCAUCAAAACCAAACAAAACCAAACCCCCUUUGGUUUUCCUCUUUUUGUUUGUGAGCUUUGCUGAUCAUGUCUGAACAAAGCUCUCAACUUUAUCAUCUUCCUCAUAACCCUAACCCUAACCCUAACCCUAACCCUAAAAAGAAGAGAAAUUUUCCAGGAAAACCAGAUCCAGAUGCCGAGGUGAUUGCUUUAUCGCCGAACGCUCUAAUGGCGACGAACCGAUUCAUAUGUGAGAUAUGCAACAAAGGGUUUCAAAGGGAUCAGAACUUGCAGCUUCAUAGAAGAGGGCACAAUCUGCCAUGGAAGCUUAGGCAGAGAAGCAACAAAGAGGUGAAGAAGAAGGUUUAUAUUUGCCCAGAGAAGUCUUGUGUUCAUCAUGAUCCAGCUAGAGCACUUGGAGACCUGACUGGAAUCAAGAAGCAUUUUAGUAGAAAACAUGGUGAGAAGAAAUGGAAAUGUGAGAAAUGUUCUAAGAAAUAUGCUGUUCAAUCGGAUUGGAAAGCUCAUUCUAAAACUUGUGGAACUCGAGAGUACAAAUGUGACUGUGGAACACUCUUUUCCAGGAAAGACAGCUUCAUAACCCACCGAGCAUUCUGCGACGCUCUAGCAGACGAAAGCGGCAGGCUAAUCUCAUCGGUAGCAGCAAAUUCAACCCCAAAUUUCAUUGCCAAUUCACUCAACGAAUCUCUCUUCAAUUCCCAAGGCGGAAUCUUUGUCCAAUCACACCAUAAUAACUUCCCCAUCAACAACACCUUCCCUUUCCCCCAAAUUCCACCCUCUAAUCUCUUCCAAACCUCCAACCCAAUUCUGGGUUUGAAUAAAAACUCUUCAAAAACGGCUGUAAACCUCUCGUCGUUUUGCUCGAGCGGUAGCGUCGGUGGAGGGAAGUCGAUUAUGCCGAUGUCGGCUACGGCAUUGCUGCUGAAGGCAGCACAUUUCGGGUCUACGAAAAGUAAUCCGUCGUUCUCCGGGAAUAGUGUGGGAGUUAUGAGUUCGUCUUCGAGUUCGUUUGAUCAGAGCAAAGGGGAGUUGCAGCGAAUAGGCUCCCAUGGCGGAAGUGGGAGCGGGUUGAGGGAUUUUUUGGGUACGAGGGAGAGAGAAGGGAAUGGGAAUGUGGAGUUGGUUUCGUUACUGGAGAUGUCGAAAUUUGGGAGCUCUAUGAGCUCGGAGAUGGGGUUGAGCGAGUUCAUUGGGAAUGCUCGGGGAUGAGGAAAAAGUGUGAGAUGUUCAUUUGUCAUGAUGUGGUCGAGAAGCAAGGUCAAAUGUUAAUAUAUAAUAAUAUAUAAUAAAGUUUUGAGAC